CAGAAAGCUAGUGCUGACCAGCACUUAGUACGUCGUAUAAUUCAUGUCUUUUUCUUUUUCUUUUUCUUCCACCCCAAGUAGCCAUUUUACCUAAGAAGGCCUGUUUUUGUUCUUAUUAAAGAUGAACCGCCCUUCACUCUUUGAAACACCAUAUCCUGGCACUGUUCUGGCUGUCGAAGAGUCUUACGACAAGUUCAAUAUACCAUGCAAGAGACGUCAAGAAUUGUUAUAUGAUCCCAGCAAAGCGCUUAGGGCCAAUGAGGUCCCAGAUCCAUUCAGGGCAUGUGUCCGGGUGUGUGACCUGGGCCAGCUUGAUGUUAUAGUCAACAAUUCUCGCCAUGCCCUUGUUUUUUUCAUGUCUUUUGCACAACAUUGCAGUCACCAGAGACCAAUAUUGUGGCUACAAGAAGAUCAGGAAACUGAUAGAGACUCUGUCUCAUCAUUCUCUAUCUCAACGGACAGCCUGAUUGUCAUAAUCGAUUUUUUAAUAAAGCCUGGACUGGGAGUGUAUCAUGAGCUCGGAUUUGCAUAUAUACUUACAUUGUAUAGUCCCUAAUACAAGUGUAGAGUGAUACAAUCACAAUAGUACUUUGAAUUGGACAUAUUGAGCAAGGAUGGUAUAGCAGGAAUAUACAUACAUUUGUCUAUUUACAUAGUUAAGCAAGCUCAUUUCAACGACGUGCAGCCGCGGCCUGGUCGGCUUCUGUCUAACCACCGUCUGUAGACCAUCCGUAAUUCGAGUCU